UUUUGAGGGUAAUGUCUUUGACUAGAUAUGAUUUGUGAUCUUUUGACGUAUCGUUGAAAGAAAUUGGUUUGGUGAGAGCUGAGAAAAAGUGGUAACAGACACAAAAAAAAACACAUCAUAGUAAAAUUAAUACCUUCUCAGCUUCACAUCGAAGCUAAAAUAAAGUUGACAUACUUAUAAUUAAAGAGUAAUUUUGUAUGUAUUUAUAAAUUUUGUCUAAGUUAUUAUGAAAGGACCCAAAUUUGUUGUUGGAAUAUACUGUAACAUAGAAAUAUUUUUCGUUUUAGAGAUAUGGAAUUUGUCCACUCAUCAAUUAAUGUACACUUUCCCUGCAGAACAUGCUCGCUCUAGUUUCUUUAAACAUAUUGGUCAAGGAGUCACACAAUUACAUGUAGAUUCAUCAGCAAGGCUUUUUUCUUGUGGUGCUGAUGGUUCUAUGAAAGUUAGACAGUUGCCAGAUAGGUAUCAUUAAAAAUUUAUCAUAUAAUUAAGAACUAUUAUUUGUUUUAACAAAACAGCACUAGUCAUAUAUAAACAUAUUGUAGGAAAACAUUGUUUUUUUAAAUAGCUAUCUGUUAAUACUCUGUGUUUAACUUUACCCUACAAAUUUAUUAUAAUUAUUAUAAAUUAUACUAGAAAUUUUUUUAUAGAAAUGUAUUUAAUUAUACAUACUUAUUUAUAUUUGUUAAAUAUUUAGUAGCUAUGUUCAUUAUUUUCAAAAUGUGCAAUAAAAAUGCUUAUAUUUUAUUUUAACUGUUUACCACCUUUAUAAAUGAGCAAUAAUAGUCAAGCGCUUAAGCAUUAGUACAUAUUUAUAUUAAAGAAUAUUUCAUUAGUUAGAGAUUUCUUUACUUGGGUAAGGCUUUGUAUUUUAUAUUACAUAAAGGAACAUAUACAUAAGCUCGUUUUGCUACAGUAUUAUAAUACUUAUACAAUUAAAUAUAAAUAUUUUUCCCUUGU